ACUGGAGUGUGGGCCAGCAACUGGGAGAAACUAAAUCAAUUGUACCUUAUGUGGCCAAUUUCACGCCAUUGAAUUGAAAUCCAUUGUAAACAUGAAAAAGUUGCUAAUGUGAACAUUUUUUUUGAGGCGUGAAAUAAUGGAUGUUGACAUCAAAAACCAAACGAUUUGAAGCAAAAUGUAUAGAAUUGUUAACUAUAUCCAAAGCAAAACCCCAAAACUUGCAAUGACAAUUUUAAAGCAAGAGCAAAAACUCUUAAUUAUUUAAAAAUGUAUUUGAAAACCAAUGCAAAAAUAGUUUUCAGUUCAACUUCCCCAACAACCAAUCCUAUUGAUUCCAUUUCCACUAUGCUUUUGCCUGAAAUUACUACCUUUUUGGUUAUGCUACUCAUGUCUUGUCUCUCGAUUUCUUUGCUUUCACUGCCAGUUUUUUUUGUGAAGGGCAGAGUUUAGAGGGAGGUGUAGAUAAUGCGUCUCCAUUGGUCCACUAAUUUGAGGGAUGGUUUAUCUUAACCUAAUCAAUGAACAUGAGUUUAUUUUUUGGGCUACUUAACCAGACGGUCUGACGUCACCACUAGACGCCAAAUCUUUCCCCCUGUGGCCGCAUCUUCUGAACAUGGCGAACCACUUACUAACAGCUGCGCCGAACUUUGGGCAACAGGAUACGGCAUACUCUACAGACAAGCUCAAAGCCCUGUAUGCUGAGCUGCGCUUCAGCCGGUCCAAGGUCCAAUGUGACAUUCCCAAACUGCGAGAGGAGCUCCAGACUGCAACAGUGUUUUCCAGGGAUGAGGGCAGGAGCGGCGACGGCCCCAAUGCUGCUCAGAUGCAUGGUCGAGAGUGCUUGCAGAGGAUGAGAGAGACAUUUGGACAGUAGUUAUUGUUGACUUGAUGAGUGAUAAGGAGGAUGGCCUGCAAAAUGGAGAAACAGUGUGGUUCGUCAAGCCCCCCUACUUCCAGAGUGAGGUGCUCACUGCCCUUUGUCAAGAUCUAGAGUCGCUUGGAGAGGGACCAGAGCUACUUGGCGAGCCACACCACACAGGACAUGUCUGUGGAAUUUUUGUCGAGGCAACCUAGAUCCCAUGGACCCCUUGUAUGUAUUGUGGUGGUUAUUUCUUUACUAUCACAUGAGGAGAGACAAACGUAUUCCACAAGUCAGAGUUAUACUUAAACUAAAUCUUUAAUGACUUAUUAAUAAGGGAGCAGGUCAAUACAACGCACACAUAUAAAGUGAAUCGAUUGAGUGCUCUACGAUAAUGAUGGCUGGUCAUGGCUGCUCUACGAUUCACGCUCAGAUGAUUUGUUGAGAGCCCCGAGACAAAAGUACAAAGGAAUUUUAUAGCCAAGACACACCCCUUUCAACCUACAUGACAAACAACAGAUAUAUAGAAUGGGUCACAAGGUUAAGACUUGUAUGAAAGAUACCUAUAAUACAUAGCAGACAGUAUCUGCUGUGUCAACAGGUUUCAUUGUGUAGAGACCAGUGUCUGGCCCUCCGACUCCAAACUGGAACCAACUCUCCCUGGUAUGGUAUAGAACAGAAACGUUAACUCAUGCUCUGGAAUGCUCUUUAGGUUUUAUCAUGCAAAAGACAUUGUAAAUCUCCUGUCAGUGUUAUCUCCCAUAGGCCCAUCCUCAGGAGAACACACACACAAUAUACAGUAUAUAAUACUCUAUUCUGUUGCUUAAAACAACCGUUUGAUGCAAUAAAAGUAUUAUAACAUAAUCUUGCAAUUUGUCCACCAUAGUAUGUAUUGAGCAUAAUGUAUUUACUGUUUUAUUCACAACUUUUCAAGUACUGGUGAUGAAUCAUGCAUUUAGAUUCUUGCAUAGAUUGUAAUGUACACAUAUAUGUGUAAAAUACUUUUUUGAAGGCUGUACUGAUUAUGUUGAGCUAAUGCUAAGCCAUUUGCCAGCUAUGUGUGGCGCCAUGUUUGUUGACAUCAUACAAUGCAUGCUGGUUGUUGCGUAAGCAUCUGUCAGACCAAAGAUGUUGUAACAAAACGAGGUGAAGGGAUGGUUUACCUGACUGACGUAUGGCUCUUUCAAGACAACUGGGAACUCUGAAAAAUACGAGGUUAAAUCAUGACAUCAGUGAUCUUCAGGUCGGAAAUUCAGAGCUCUAGAAAGAGGUCUGAGAUUCCGAGUUGGAAUUCCAAGUUGGAUGACCGUUCAAAACAAACAGUCUGACAUUUUUUUUCUCCCAAGUUCCCAGUUGUCUUGAACGCACUGAAGUUGGAAGUCUGAGAUUUCUGAGUUCCCAGUUGUUUUGAACACGGCAUCAGAUUGUACCUCAGGUUUGCCAGCUCAGAUCCCCCUUUCCAGGGGUUUUAUUUUUAUUUAGCUUAUAAACUUAUCCUGUGUUUGCCCCCCAUUUAUUGAUAAAUCCCCCAUCAUAGUCAUAUUUCCUGCAUCAUAUACCCCCAUAUACCCCCAUGUUUACCACCAUGGUCUUGAAACCCCCCCCCCAAACAUCCCUAAAAUGGUUUCAUCCACAUCUGUCAACCGUGUUUAGCUUUCACACUACGGUUAACCUAGGCGGUAGGCUUGUAUUUGGGGUGAUGAUCUGUGAGGUGAUAAUAUUUUAUUUGCUUAGUGAUUUGUCAAACUGUAAACAACUUGUCAAGUCAUGUGCUCCGGUUAUUUUAUACACUGUACAUCGAAGACUUGUAAUAUGCUGAAAAGUGGCCAAACUAAAAUAAAUAUUUUUCAGGCAAUGGUUGAAGCCAUCUUUGACUUUGUUUAUUUGCAUCUUAUAGUGAAUGAUAUUCUGGGAUUAGGGAGUUUUCGCUUGUCUAACAUAAACAAACAUGGCUGCCAUCAAAAAAAAAAGAAUAUAUUUUCGAAACAAUAUUACAUUUCUCCGUUGUACUCACCAGAGAUGUGGUACAUUGUAAACAAGUCUAGCUGUUAGGUUGCUAACUUAUGUUUUGUUUUUUGUCAGCGCAACCUGUUAUUUAGACUGGUUUAUAGAAUGAGUUUGGCUGUGGAUGUGUUCCGUGUAAUGCUUUUACAAUAAAAGGUGAA